GGCGGGAGUUCGGGACCGGCGCCUUCUCCUUGCUUCUUGGGGUCGUGGCCUUGCUCCCGCCGUGCACGGGAAGAGUCCGGGUGUGUCCACGCGCGUCUGUGCGCGUGGGCCCUGAAGUGCUCGUGCGUCCGCUCUAGGUCUCUGUGGGGGCAGAAGCAGGAGCCAUGGGUGGGACCUCCAGCACCCGCCGGGUCACCUUCGAGGCGGACGAGAAUGAGAACAUCACCGUGGUGAAGGGCAUCCGGCUUUCAGAAAAUGUGAUUGAUCGAAUGAAGGAAACCUCCCCAUCUGGUUCGAAGCCUCAGCGGUAUUCUGGUGCGCACGGUGCCUCAGUUUCUGAUGAAGAAUUGAAAAGAAGAGUGGCUGAGGAGCUGGCAUUGGAGCAAGCCAAGACAGAGUCUGAAAAUCAGAAACGACUCAAGCAGAGCAAAGAAACAGACCGAGAGAGGGCGCUUGCCAACGAGCAGUUAGCCAGAGCUAUUCUUCGAGAAAGGAUAUCAAGUGAGGAAGAACGAGCCAAGGCAAAGCACCUGGACACUGAAGACAAAGCUAAGCAGCUGGAAGAGAAAGAUCGAGUGAUAAAGAAGCAGGAUGCAUUCUACAAAGAGCAGCUGGCUAGACUGGAGGAGAGGAGCUCAGAAUUCUACAAAGUCACCACUGAACAAUAUCAGAAAGCAGUUGAGGAGGUGGAAGCAAAGUUCAAGCGGUAUGAGUUUCAUCCUGUCUGUGCUGAUCUGCAAGCCAAAAUUCUUCAGUGUUACCGCCAGAACACCCAGCAGACCCUCAGCUGCUCUGAUCUGGCCAACCAGUACAUGCGUUGUGUCAACCAGGCCAAACAGAGCACGCUCGAGAAGGGAGGAUAAAGUCAACUUUUAGAACAAGCAAAACUCAACAUUAAUUCCAGAGGCGGAACAUUUUUUUUUUCCUAGUGAGAAAGUAACCACCUAAAGAGAAGACGAGUCAGGAGAAGCACCAAGAGCACACUCAGCCAACGCACAUCCAGUCUGAGCAGCUGCGGUGUGAAAAGCCGGGGCCUGGAGCAGGUAUCCGCCAGCAAGGACAUUGCAGUGCUGGUCACCCCAUCGUGGCCAUUAAAGGAGAAAGGAACCCCUCUUCUCUACCUAUUCAACUUCUAUUCUUACCAGGCUCCAUGGUUUGGUGCACGUCCACUCCAGCUAAGCUGGGGUUUGGGAUUGGGGGCGGGGGGCGGAGGUGAUUGGAGCGGGGAGGCGGUGGGGGCACCAAACCGCCCCCCUGCCCAGCGGUGCUGGGCGGGAUUGUCUAGGCUGUGGGACGUUGUUUUUCUCUUGUUUUUUUCUCCCCUGACUACAUAAGAGCUACUUUAUUGUAACUUAUUAUAGUGAUCAUGUAAGUAAGACAAAAAGGAGAGAAAAAUGUACCUCUUUUACUGGAAUAAUGUUUAUGAUUACAAGUGAAAUAAGGCAUUUUUUAUCCACAUAAAGGCAGCCUUGGCUUAUACAACCUCUUCUCGAUCAUGACAUGACAUCUUUACUUCACUUACCAUCAAUAAUAAAUAUAUUUUCUGACGAAGACCGGCAUCGUA